AUAAAUAGGAAGAUGAAGUCAGUUAUUUACUGUAAAACAUCAGUUAGGAGAAAACGUUUACAGCAUAUUAUUGAAGUCAUAACUUUUUUAUUAAAAUUAAAAUAUGACUUCUUCUUUAGGAGUACUACUAUACAGUUUUCUUUUAAUCUUACCUAUUUAUGUAUUUUAUAAGAAUUAUAAAAAAUCUUUGACAAAGAAACGAAAAGCUGAGUUAAGAAACAAGGUCGUAGUGAUCACUGGCGCCAGUUCAGGCAUUGGCGAAGCAUUAGCACACGAGUUCUAUGGCCAUGGGUGUAUGGUGGUGCUGGCGGCGCGAAGGAUCGACGAACUCUUGAGAGUCAAACAGCAGCUUAUGUCGAAAAAGGUGCGAAUAGAAUCUCCAGAGCCAGUAGUUCUUAAACUAGAUCUUGGAAAUUUAGACGAAUGCCAAGAGUUUGUGAAAAAAGUGCUAGAAAUAUGUGGUCACGUCGACAUUUUGGUCAACAACGGAGGACAGGCGCACAGUGGGUCGAAUCUGAAAACGAAAUUUGAAAUCCACAAACAAGUAAUUUAUGUAAAUUACUUUGGCACUGUCAUCGUAACUAAUGGUUUACUUCAAUCAAUGCGAGAACGAAAAUCAGGACAGAUAGUGAUAAUGAGUUCAGUGCUCGGCCGGAUGGCAGUGCCCUUCCGCGCGCCCUACUGCGCCUCCAAGCACGCCCUGAUCGCGUACGGAGACUCCCUCAGGGCUGAAGUCCACAAGUUCAACAUCGGCGUCUCCGUGAUCAUCCCAGGGUUCGUCCAAACGGAUAUAUCCGUUAAAGCAAUUAAUGGUGUCACCGGGGAACAGCUUGGAGAGCUAGAAGACGGCGCGGCUGACGGCUACACAGUCGACUAUGCAGCUGGGAAGUUCCUGGACAUGAUCGUGAACCGCGAGAAGGAGGCCUACCUGUGCCAGCCCAUUCUCAGCGUCGGCAUUAUCAUCAGACAGGCGCUGCCGUCGCUCUACUUCUAUUUGAUGAGCAAGAGGACGCAUUAACGUACCUAGUUACUAGCGCGACUGUGCUGUGUUCUUAGCGUGUCGACUCGGUUAUAUUUAUGAAGACCAAUACAUACAAACCGUGAAAAAACAACAUUUAUACAAAUCCACAGAUAUAAUAAAUAAAUAUAUACGGACAAAUCACACAGAUUGAGCUAGCCCCAAAGUAAGAUCGAGACUUGUGUUAUAGGAUACUAUCAACGAUACUAUAUCUAUAACAAAUACACUAGAUAAACAUCCAAGACCCGGGCCAAUCAGAAAAAGAUCACUUUCCAUCAUGACCCGACCGGGGAUCGAACCCGGGACCUCUCGGUUCAGGCACUUUACCACUGCGCCAUCCAGGUCGUCAAAAAAAAUGUUAUGUUCUUAUAUCUGUGAUACAAGUCACACACAUAUUUUAUGCAGACUAUCCACUGACAGAUUCUGACAAGCCAGAAGGGGCUUUGUUUUAUAAUCUUUUAUUUCAUAUUCAAGUAAAGAGCAUCGCUUGAAUAUGAAAUAAAAGAUAAUUAUGUAUGAUGUUGUUAGGUAUUACUAUUAUUUGGUACUAUUACCGUCAGCCAAUUGUUGCUUCUCGUUUACAAAAUAAAACAAUGCUUUUUAAAUA